AAUUCCUCAUUUCCUUCUUCCUCUUCAUUUCUCACACCUUUCUCUCCUUUCUAUUUCUCUCUUAACUCGGUAUCGAUUCCAUCUUAACUCACCACCGAUUAAACUCAGUUUCCAGCCGAUUUACACCAUGGCUUCGGAGCUUAUCUUUAGAGGCCACGAAACCCAGCUGAAAUCCGAUGAGUAUUAUCCCAAACCACCGAAACCAUGGCUCACCGUAACUCGUCCGUUUCACUACCUCUUACGCGAACAACGACUCCUUUUUCUCAUUCUCGGCAUUGGAAUCGCCGCAUUGAUUUUCUCUGUGUUUCCUUCUUCAUCAUCUCCAUCGUCACCAAUCAAUUACAACAUGCACGAGUCAAUCGGAGGAGAAUCGUUUCUAACGGCUGAGUCGACUCGGUUGAUGCCACACCGAGUUAUGGACGGGUUUAGAUCUGGGAAAGUACCUCUUGGGUUGAAGAGAAAAGGUUUGCGGAUAGUUGUAACCGGCGGGGCUGGAUUUGUAGGAUCGCAUCUUGUAGACCGUCUGAUUGCAAGAGGUGAUAGCGUGAUUGUCGUGGAUAAUUUUUUCACCGGAAGGAAGGAAAAUGUUAUGCAUCAUUUCAGUAACCCUAGAUUUGAAUUGAUUCGACACGACGUCGUUGAACCUCUUCUAUUGGAAGUUGAUCAGAUCUAUCAUUUGGCUUGCCCUGCUUCCCCUGUUCAUUACAAGCACAACCCUGUCAAGACUAUCAAGACAAAUGUGGUGGGAACGUUGAAUAUGUUAGGAUUGGCAAAGAGAGUAGGUGCAAAGUUUCUUCUAACAAGCACAAGUGAAGUGUAUGGUGAUCCUUUGGAACAUCCUCAGAAAGAGACUUAUUGGGGCAAUGUUAAUCCCAUUGGUGUUCGAAGUUGUUAUGAUGAAGGGAAGCGUACAGCUGAAACAUUGACCAUGGAUUACCAUCGAGGUGCUGGUGUUGAGGUGAGAAUUGCUAGGAUUUUCAACACAUACGGUCCUCGUAUGUGCAUUGAUGAUGGCCGUGUUGUUAGUAACUUUGUUGCUCAGGCUUUAAGGAAGGAACCCAUGACUGUGUAUGGUGACGGAAAGCAAACCAGGAGCUUCCAGUUUGUUUCUGACUUGGUUGAUGGGUUGAUGCGCCUUAUGGAGGGUGAACAUGUGGGUCCUUUCAAUUUGGGAAAUCCCGGUGAAUUUACCAUGCUUGAACUUGCCAAGGUGGUACAGGAAACAAUAGAUCCAAAUGCAAAGAUUGAAUUUAGACCAAACACAGAGGAUGAUCCUCACAAGAGGAAGCCCGACAUCUCGAGGGCUAAAGAGUUGCUCGGAUGGGAGCCUAAGAUCCCACUCCGUAAAGGUCUACCUAUGAUGGUUUCUGAUUUCAGGCAGCGUAUUUUUGGAGACCAGAAAGGCGGAGGCACCACCGCAUUUUGAUAGCUUACAUUUCUGGCAUAUAAAGAAAAGAUUUCUGCUUCGUUUCGUUUUCUCCCUAACACCGCGUCUUUACUGUAUACCGUGAUCUCAAGGAAGAGGCUCAAGUAGUUGCAGAUUUGGCCCGCCAAAUUGGUUCUCUUUUCUCAGAGUAUAGAUAUGUAGAGUUUAUAAUAGCCUUCAGCAUUCAGCAAUUUUAUAUAUUAUAUAAAUGUCCUAAUUUUGUUUCGUUGCUGAUAUUAUUCAUGUAGACGUUGCAUUAACAUUACUAUUCAGAUAUUCAGUAUUUUCUCAUUUUUGGUUAAGA